UCUGAAUAAUGAAUGGAAGAAAAACAAGCAAUCCUUCUCAUGAAGAGUCAGAUACAGAUACUGAAAACAAGCAAGCCUUAUCACUCACUAAUGGCUCAUUAAUCCGUCACCGACCACCGCCACUCAUGGUGGUUUCUUACAGAGGAUGUCUCAAGAACCACGCUGCUAAUCUUGGCGGUGUAGCUUUAGAUGGAUGCGGUGAGUUUAUGGCGACUCCUACGGCCACCCUUUCCGACCCUACUUCUCUUAAAUGUGCUGCUUGUGGAUGCCACCGUAACUUCCACCGCCGCCACCACAACCAAGCCAUUCCGCCGCCGCAGCAGCUUCCAGUGCUGCAGUGGACAUCAAGCCCAAGUUUAGGGCAAAGUCCUAGUCCGUCAUCACCCACGCCAGAGCAAUCUGUUUACCCAUCUGCGCCUCACAUGCUGUUGGCUUUAAGCACUACUCAUUCAGGUAUUCGGGAAGACAGGCGGUAUGAUCAGAAUCCAGGUCUGGUGAUGAACCCGCAGGGGAAAAAGCGAGCGAGAACGAGGUUUAGCGAAGAACAAAGAGAAAAGAUACAAUGUUUUGCUGAGAAGUUGGGGUGGAGAAUGCUGAGGGGGAACGAUGAGAAAAUAAUUGAGGAUUUUUGUAACGGAAUUGGAGUGAAAAGGAAUGUGUUUAAAGUGUGGAUGCAUAACAACAAGCAUAGGAAAGAAAAGGGUAGUGAUGAGGAGAAAAUUGGGUUUUUGAGCUAUAACAAGUAUGAUAGUUUUGGAAGGUAUGAGAUUGUUAAAAAUGAAGUUCAUGUUCAUGGUUCUACUACAACUGAUGCCUCUUCUCCUUCAUCUUCUUGAUCUACCAUUUCAUUUUCUUUCUUCUGCUCUCUGUUUUUUUGUUUGAUGGU